AUGCGGCUCCGUGGCGUCGUGCUGUUCGCUGUUGCCGCUCUGGUUACUGGCAUUGAUGCCAACUUGUCUGUGAAGAGCAAGGAGACGGUAGCCUCCGCGCUAUCGGACCAAUUUAAUUUGCUUCCUUUGGGUGGAGAUCAUGCACCUGCCAGGAGGUUCCUGAGAGCCACCGACGCAGAUGAAGACGAAGAAGAAGAAGAGAGGGUGGGGCCUUCUGCCUCCAUUGUCGACAAGUUUAAAGGCUUGAUUUCCUCGAAAAGCGCCACGGAAUCACUGGAGCAGUGGGUCACGAAGGGAAAACCAGUAAACAAGGUUUUCUCCAGCUUGAGCUUGGGUAAGGUGGGCGACACGUUGUUCUUCAACGCGAAGUUUCUGGAUUGGGUCAAUAAAUACGGCGACGACGGAUUGUUCCAGCUGAUCGAGGUGGCGAAGAAGGUGACGAGUACGGAGACGCUCGCUCUUCGACUCCAAGGCGAACAACUCCAGUACUGGGCGGCAUUGGGGAAAUCCCCCGACGAAGUCUUUAACCUGUUCACACUCGGCGCAGCUGGAGAGAGGCUCUUUUCAAAGCCCGAGUUCGCCGCUUGGGUCAAGUACGUGGACGACUUCAACGUUAAGAACCCCACCAAGACAACGUCGACGAUCCCAACACUAUUGUAUCACCACACCGACGGCACGUUGGCCGAGUUGAUCGCGCUGGCGAAGAAAUCUGACGCAACGAACAGUAUCGCCACAAAAGUGGGCAAUGCACAGAUGAACGCUUGGCUCAGCAGUGGAAAAUCUGCGGACGACGUCUUCAUGCUGCUGAAACUGUACAAAGCGGAAGACGAUUUCUUCAAAACCCGCUGUACGACACGUGGACUGCGUACUUGA